AUGGAGGAACACACGUCGACCGCUGGUGACGCAAACAGACCAGCGAAGGCUUACGAGCAAAUGGAGGGCGAGCAGAAGUUAGACAACGACGAGAUUGCGCUAUACGAUAGGCAGAUUCGGCUAUGGGGGAUGGCAGCGCAGGCGCGGAUGCGCAAUACGCGAGUCCUGCUGGUGAACUUCGGGGCGCUGGGCGGCGAGGUGGCCAAAAACCUGGUGCUGAGCGGUAUCGGGUCGCUGACAAUUCUGGACAACCGGGUCGCUGCUGCAGAGGACUUGGGGUCGCAGUUCCUGCUGGCAGAGGAGGAUCUGGGACGGCUGCGCGCAGAGGUGGGGGCGGCGCGGCUGCGGGACAUGAACCCGCGCGUGUCGCUGGCGGUGGAUGCGCGAAACGUGACGGAGCAGCCGGCAGAGUACUUUGCGGGCCACGACCUGGUGGUAGCGACGGACUGCUCGCGCGCAGAUCUAGAGAAGAUCAAUGCGGCCUGCCGCGCCCGCGGGGUACCUUUCUACGCGGGAGGCCUGCACGGGCUGUGGGGCUACGUCUUCGUGGACCUGGUGCAGUUCGACUCUACGGAGGAGAAGGCGGUUACAGUGGACGCUCCGAUAACGGCGCUGGGGUCUGUGUCUGAGCGGCGCGAGGUCGUGACGGUAAGGCGCGAACACGAGGAGGAUCCGCGGAGCGCUCGCGAGAUAGUGACUACGCGCAACUACUAUCGGCCGUUUUCAGAAGUGCUGGCGCAGGGCACGCUCGCAGGACGUCUGACGCCGCGCCAGCUGCGACGCCUGCUCCCGGCGCUGCCACUGACGCUUGCUGCGUUUUUGCACGGGCACGGGAAUGAUGACGUCGCCAGUUUUGAGGCUGAAGUCAAAAAAAUGUGUCACCAGUUGGGCUCUUCUCCUAGCAACGUGCCAGCGGAAUGUACCGAACUGUUCCUUCGGCAGAUUGGGGUGGAGCUGCCACCUGUGGCGGCAGUGAUCGGCGGCGCAAUGGCCCAGGACAUUAUCAAUACGAUGGGCAAACGGCAGUCGCCGCUAAAUAAUUUCGUGGUAUUGGAUGGCAUUACAUUAGACAUGCAGAUAUUCGAGUUGUAA